GGAGUGCCAUCUUGGAUGGAAGAAGACUGUUUACACGUCAGUCGGUUUUCGGUUUUGCACGGUUCGAUCUACGGGGAAAAAGAGGAUUUUUUCUCGAGUAAGCUUCGGUUUUGUGGGUGGCUGCGGAAAAUUGCCGUGUCCGGAUUUUGCGGAGUUGUGAGUGCGCGAGAGGUCGAUUUAAUUAGGAGACAGGAUGAAUAUCUUCCGACUGGCCGGUGAUUUGUCACAUCUUUUGGCGAUUAUUCUGCUGCUGAUAAAAAUAUGGAAGACGAGGUCGUGCGCCGGAAUCUCCGGCAAGUCGCAGAUUCUGUUCGCGGUCGUGUACAUUUCCCGCUAUCUGGACCUGGUGACGACGUUCGUGAGCGUGUACAACACGGUUAUGAAGCUGGUCUUUAUCGUGUCGUCGGUGGCCACUUUGUACAUGAUGUACGUCAAGUUUAAGGCCACGUACGACCACAACCACGACUCGUUCCGCAUCGAGUUCCUGCUGGUUCCGUGCUUCGUGCUGGCGCUGCUGAUCCACGCCGCGUUUACCCCGCUGGAGAUUCUGUGGACGUUCUCGAUCUAUCUGGAGGCGGUGGCCAUCUUGCCGCAGCUGUUCCUGGUCAGCAAAACGGGCGAGGCGGAAAGCAUCACCAGCCACUACCUGUUUGCCCUCGGAUCGUACCGUGCGCUGUACCUGCUCAACUGGAUCUACCGAUACUACGCCGAGGGACACUACGACCUGAUUGCGAUCUUCGCCGGGGCCAUCCAGACGAUCCUGUACUGCGACUUCUUCUACCUCUACAUCACCAAGGUGCUCAAGGGGAAGAAGCUGCAGCUUCCGGCGUAAGGCGCUCCUGCCAGCUGACCUGGACGGACGGAGGUAGGAAGAAGACUUUUCUCUUACACACAAAUUUGUUUAAGUAAUAUUCUCCAAAAAAAAAACAAUAAAAAUAAUAAUGAUACAAAUCAACACA